AUAACGGGAAUGGGUGUUUGACAGGAAGAGUUGAUUAAAGUUGUUAAAUAUUUAUGAAUUGAUAUAUUUUUGGAUCUAUUUCUUUUGUGGCCAGUAUAAAGUUGUAACUGCUCUUGCUAAAAGUUUGGUUCGUUACAUUUUCAAACUUCCGAGAAAAAUGUCGCAGGAGAGACGUGACUUUUAGGUUAAGACAAUAUACGGGCUUUAUCCUUUUUUCAUGUGUGAUGCCUUCGUUGUGAAUAUAACAGUCUGUGCCAUGCCAUGGAGGGCCGAUCGCUCGAUCCAUACGAACAGCAAUUACUUGCAGUGUUUGAAAGCUGUGAUGAACAAAACACAGGGAGCCUUGACAGAAAAAGUCUUGAACAACUCUGCUCCAAGUUGCAGCUUGAGGAACAAGGUCUGGAACUGAUGGAUUACCUUUUGGGAAAUGAUAAGUCCUCCAGGAGAGUGACGUUCACUGAAUUUAAAGACGGUCUCUUAACAAUGUUAAGAGAAGGACAAAAGAAAUGGGACUCUGGGGGUAGAGGAUCCCCCGAUCGAGAAGUGUCCCCAAAAUUUGUUUUUGGACAGAAAAAAUAUGGACGUCGCUCUAAACCAGAAAUAAAAGACAAGGAUCCUCGUAAUAAGGAUGCUGCUGUUGAUUCUGACACUGAAAUUCUUAUAAGUAUGGAUGGGGAUGUCAAAGAUAUCAUAAUGGUAAUGAGAUCCUCACCUGACACGCCAGCUGCUGAUGAGAGCCAGUUUCCGAGAAAACGAAAGACUAGCAUUGAUGAUGGCAAGAGCUUUAAAAGAUCAAUUUCUCUUCCAGACAACAAAACUCCUGGUGUAAGUGAUGAUAGUGCUCCACCAAGCUUGGAUAGUUCUGAAGAAGAGGUCUUAAGGACAACAUGUGAUUCUCUCGGUGUAGGUCGUAAUGGUUACCUCAACAGGCAAGAGCUGGCACUUGUUUGUCAACGGAUUGGACUGGAUUCUGUUGCCGAUGAGGUUGUCCAACAGGUAUUUGAGAAGCUUUCUGUGGAUAACGAAGGUCGCAUAAGUCUGCAAGAAUUUCUACAACUGUUUCGGAAUGCUGGAAGUUGGGCAACAACUGUGGGUGUAAGUGUGUCACCGUCGCUUGUGGAGAAGGAUGCAACGUGUGGCCAUUCUGGAUCGAGAACUUCAGGAGCAGUUGUUGGAGAUCCUGAUGAGACAGGCGAUGUGAAUAAGGAACUACACUUCCUAGCUUUGGAUACAAACAACUCAGGGCUGGUCCCUGUGGAAGCAGUACUAGAGUUGUGGGAGACAGCAGGCAUGUCUCCUGCAACAGCAGCUCGUCUUGCUAGAGAUUUGGGGCUUCCAGAAGUGGGCACAGGUGGUCAAGUGCGUCUUUCAGAUCUGGCCACUACAUUGGAGUCAGAGCUCCCAGCAGCCCAGGCCGAUGCUGCGGCUCAUGGAUAUAGUGCUCUGGAGCUCUUACUUCAUGCAGCCCUCGCUCUCUACCAGGCAGAAGUCCGUUGUCUCAGAUUGUCUUUGGAACACCUCCGAGGUGAAAGAGACAAACUUCGAGCUGAUAUUUUAGAUGCCAAUGAACGAGCCUCCUUGCUGGCCCAGGAGGUUGAUGAUAGCCAUGCUCGGCUUGAACAGUCCAGUCAAAUGCAGGUCAAAUUACUGGAGCAGCGUCAUGCAGAACAACUCCGUGAAGUUGCAGAACAGUUAGGACAGGAACGGGAGCAGCUGGCUGCUCAGGUACACAACCUGGAACAAAGGUUGGCAGCACUGCAUGAGGAAGAUAGUCGACUGAGACAAGAAUUGGCAGCCUUGAAAGUGGAAAAUGAAGCAGUGGAUAAAGAAAACCAAAGUCUCUUGGAACAGUUAGAGGAAACCAGAAAAGCCAAAGCUAGCCUUCAGAAUGAGUUGGAAUCACUAGCGUCACUUCAGCAAAAGAUUAGUGAGCUGGAAGGAAGUCGAGACAUGGUUGAGCCUCUUCUUGAACAAGUUGGGCAGCUUCAGACAGAAAAUACUGAGCUGAGAGAUCGCAAUGAUGAAUUAAAGAUGAAGAUAGAAGCACUCACUGUACAGUUAUCAAGGCUUGCUAGGUCACCACCACCACCACAGCACCAGGCUGGCACAGAGAACAACAGUGAAACUGUUACUGAUGAGGUGGGGUCGGCAGCAGUGGGUGGAGGAGUUAAAAGAAGGGGAGAAAGUGCUCUGAUUAUACCUCAGGAAGAAAACCCUGAGGAUGAUAGUCCUCGCCUUGGAAAAGUACGGCGCUGUACGCCUGUUGUAAGCAACCAUACUGAUGUUGUGGAUGAUGUCAUGAACAUGCAGGGCCUUCAGAUACAUCCUUCUGCUAAGAGUCAGUGCAUUGUGGAUGCUGACAUUGAUGUGGAUGAACCAGAGUCUUUGGAUUCAAAUCCUGCACUGUAUAGGGAUGAUGAAACUACAGGAAAUAAUGUAAGAACUUUUCCUCAUCCAGCUGAAAUAAUAACCAAGGACAGGUCUGAAGUUGAGCGCUUACAAAUGCGUAUUGCUGAGUUGGAGCAAAGGCUGUCACAACAGAACAGCAAGCUUAUGGAAUGGGAAGCUGAAAGAGAUUGCCUGCAAGAAAAAGUGAACAGAUGUUGUGAUCUGAGUUCGAAGACUCUGGGAAGUUCAGAUCUUGUUAGGGGUCAUUUGAAGAAAGUAUUCGAAACACUACGAAAACAAGCUGCAGAAGAACUGAUGGAGGAUGAGGAGUUCUUGUCUAGUCUUCAAAAACAGAAUUGUGAACCUUCCGUCCAAAGAAAUUGCAAAGAAGACAAAACUGAUAAUAUUUUUAAAGUUACCAAAUCAGCAGUCAGUAAUGUGCAGUGUGAUACUGUACCAUCAGAAGACUCUGCAGAAAGCACAAGUGGGAAGAAAGAUGUAGAGCAACUGGAAAGGCACUGCAGGGACUUGGAAUCCCAGCUGGACCAAGUAAAAAUUGAAAUUGUGAAGAUCCUGUCUGAGAAAAAGGCCUGUUCUCAGGAAAACACAACAUUGAAAAGCCAUCUAUCUGAUCUACAGGGUGGAUCAGCAGAAGGGCAGAAUAAUGAAGCCCAGGAGCUGCGUGAGCGGUGUGCUGAGCUGGAGGUGAGCCUGGAACUGCUGAGACAGGAAUACGAACGCUGCGAGGACUACUGGGCUGCAAAGCUGGAUGAAGAACGCCGCCUGUCCGAGGCAGAGCAACGAGCAAGUGAUGAGAAGUUCUCAGAACUCCUUGCUAAAGUACGGGAGUAUGAGGAGCUCUGUAGCAGCACUAGCAGUGACGACGGCGAUGGUUACGCUGCUGGCAGCAGUCUUGGCAGCAGAUCUGGUCGCCUGCCAACUAUUGAUGAAAGAGCAAGCCUUGAGAAGCAGGUGACUGAUUUAGAGGAAGAAUGUGAAGAAAUGCGACAGCGGUAUGAGCAAGAGGUGGCAGAAAAAGACCAGCAACUAACUCAGUUACAGGAACGAGUUAGGAUCUUGGAAGCAAAACGAAGUAGAGGAAGAAGACUAGAUGUUGCUGUGCAAGUAGCUGAUCUUGAGAAUUGCAGUUGGGAAAGUGAUAGGACAUUCGUUGUUGAGCUUGAUGGUGGAAGAAGAGCAAGUCAAAGACUGAAGAUCCCAACUAUAAAUGGCUGUGCAACGCCAGACACCGGUUCGUCUUCUGCAGAAUCAACCACUCGUCAUACACAGAAAUUAAAAGGUGCAGUCGAGUCUGAUCAUCAGUAUUCACAACAGCACAGAGAUACUUCAUCCAGUGAGGUACAUCAGACAGGAGGUAAGAGGAGCAAUUGGAGGUCUCAGCCGGAUGCAUGUAUGCUUCAAGCAUUGAGUGAACGUCUGCGUCAGCAAGAGCAUUACUGCCAUGAGUUGCAACAGAAAAUACGGCAGUAUCAGCAACAUGCAGAUCUUAUGCUUCAGCAAACAUGGCAGCAGCAUAAGGAAGAGAUAGCAGAGCUACAGUCACUUCUUCACUCUACGCAGGAACGGUUGUUGCAGCAGACUGCAGUUUGCAAGGAUCAGACUGGGCGGCUGGCAUCGGCUGACCUUCUUGUCAAGGAUUUAUAUGUAGAAAAUGCAUAUCUUCAUCAGAGCGUCCAGCGACUAGAACAACGGUGCCAUUCACUAGCACAGAUGACUACUGACUCAAGCUCUGUGUAGUUACUUGUUUUUCUGUUGUGAAUUGGUACUGCCUUCUCACAUUCAGUUUUUCACAUGCUCCCUGUCUUGCACAGUGUAGAUCCAAGAGCUGUUUGAAUGUACUGUAGAGUAGUAGUUAAGAACGAAAGACUUCUAGUGCAUUAGAGGACAAAUAAGAAGCCAAUUGAACUGUGCAUUUUGAUUCAAGUAACUAAAAAACUGAUUCAGCACAUUGUAUGAAUUAUCAUUAGAUAGCUUUUCUUCUUGCAAGAACAUUUGAUUAGUGUGUUCUAGCUGCCAAACAAUGCAAACCUUGCAAAUUUUCAACACACAGUAUUCUCUGUUUUUCCACAUACGGUAAUUGUAUUGUCACUUAUGUAUGAUGCAGUGUAUUUUAGAUAAGUAAUUCAGUAUCUUAGUAGCUAAUGAACUGCUUGUGUACUUGAGGAAAUUUGAAUCAUAAGAUUGUUUAUAGAUCUAUGUUAGCUACUAAGCUCCUCACACACUUCUACGCAAUUCAUAAAUAAUGUUGCAAUACUUGCCAUACUUUGGUUACUGUAGUAUUUUAAAAUGUAAUUUGUGUAAUUCAUUCUGUCCAAACUAUCAGUAUGGCUUCCAUGACAUGGAUUUUAUGUACACUUCAAAACUAUUUGUUCCCACAAGAGUGAAUAAUUGUAAAUCUGUUUAAAACUUUAGUGGAAAGACUAUUUUCUGCAUAUUGUUGUACUGUUUCCACUUAAAAUAUUCCCUAAGCAUAUCACAGAUUUUGUAGAAUAGUGUGGAAUUCGUGCAGAUUGUUCUCCAAAUAGGAGCUAUUUGGUAUAUACAUUAUUGGGGACUACCAUCUCUCAUAUCCCUUUGCAUAUUAUCCGUGUUUAGCAUUAUAAGCACAAUAUUUGCUCAUGGGUAAGUGCUUUAUUGCUCAUUAUAUAUGCAAAUAAGUGUGAUAAGCUUUAAUAGUAUGUUAGUGUUAAUUUUUGUAGACACAGUUUAUCACAAGAGUAAAUAUUCAGUUGGUAAUUAUAGGUAAUAAAAGUUGUUAUUCAUUUACUAAUUACUCAUAGGCAUCAGUCUUCUUCUGACUAUGAAGAUUAUUUGAGUUUCAGGAGCAUUAUCAUAUAUUGAGUUCUCAACAGUAUGCAUUGAGGAUUUAGAUGCAGUUUUUAUUUAUGGAUAACUUAGGAUGGAUGUAGAAAAGUUUCAGUACAAGGUUAUCUAUUAAAAUAAAAUUUUCAGUACCUUAAUGAUAUUCAUAAUUAAUUUUAUAAAUGUAGAGAAGAUAGAGGGCUGUAGCAAUUAUGCCUUUACACAUUCGGUCAUUGUCAAGUUUUGACCAUCUGUAGCCCUUUUAAUACAGUGCAUGAUUCGUUGUCAGAUAAAUGUGAGAAAUUUGACUGCAACAGAUGAGUUUCAGAAAUCUUUUUCAGAAGUAUCUGUGGUGCAUAUGAAUUAAUAAUAACAACAAUGACAAAGAAUUCAGUACAUUUCACACAAAGAAAUGAAAUUUCAUAAUGACAAUAUAAUGAGAUGCAUCCACAAUUUGAAGGAAUCCUUCAAUGUAUGAGAGAGUGGUCUUAUAUUCGGUAAGAAGAUUGUUAAAAUCUUAGCCCAGCCAUCAGCUUUAGGCUUCUUGCCAUUUCACUAAAUAGCCUUAGAUGAAUGCCAGGAUGACUCCAUGGAAAGGGAAUGGCAGGUUUCAUUUUGUACUCUCUCCGAAAUCUGAGCUUAUGUGCGCCAUCUUUUAUGAGACAGGAUGUUACAACCUAAUCUUCCUUCCUUCAGUCCCUCUUACAGUAUGUGUACUACAACACAACUUUGAUGAUAGCUAGUAAUAUACUGUGUCAUUGAUAUUAUAGUGCAUUGUCUCAUGAAGUGUUGCUCAGAAGCUGUCCUUCCAGUCAGCUAACAGGUUUAUAAAUGCCUCCUCUUAUUAAUAUGCAGGUCCCAAGAGGCUAGUAUGUUGUUUUCAUCACCACUCGGCCAUCAGUCUUGUGCAGUUUAUCUUAACUUUUUUUGUGUUCUGUGGAUUUUACCUCAUCUCAGAUCUUUCACAUUGUGAGAACUACAAUGUGUGUCUAGUUGUCUCUCUUACAAUUUUUCAUUCUUCAAUGGAUCAUUUUUUUGUAUGAAGGAAACAUUCCACAUGGGAAAAAAUAUAUCUAAAAACAAAGAUGAUUUGACUUACCAAACGAAAGCGCUGGCACGUCGAUAGACACACAAACAAACACAAACAUACACACAAAAUUCUAGCUUUCGCAACCAACGGUUGCCUCGUCAGGAAAGAGG